AUGAACGGAAGCUUCAAUCCGGCAUCGGGAUGCCCUAACUGCGGCCAUAACUGCGGUAUUCCCUGCAGUAAUACAGACAUUGCUCAGACUAGCAUUUGCCCUCCGACCGUCGAUUUUUGCCCGCUGGAGAAGACUCGUGCAUACCAUCAUUCCUAUUGUGACGGCAAGGAAAUUGGAGAAAUCCUGAACCAGCACGCUGAAAAGGCCCGGUUUGAAUCCAUGGAGCAUUGGGAAGCAUUUGUCAAUUUCUGCACACCCGACAAGGGAAUUCGCGCUCAUUUUACCAUGCUUAUCGGUUGCCUUAGCGCCCACCGCGCUCGCCUUUCGCAAUGUCGCAAUCCACCUCCAGAGUCAUAUCUCGUCUGUUGGGCUUUGAUUCACAUGGGAAGCCCUAUGUCUGACUUCGUGGGGUGGUCACUGGCCAGAGAAGAAGGGACACAACAAUACUGGACGAUCGAUGUCCUAGAGGAGCAUCUGCUCCUUUGGAUCAGUAUAUUCGAGAGCGGACCUGCAAAGCGCUACGAGGAAAAUGUCAUACGCUUAACGUCGUCGCUGCACCCCAACCAGAGUGCCACUAAUGGGCCUAGUAUUGCACAUGCUUUUUCGUCCCAUUUGAAACAUAGGCGCUGGGCACAUCAAUUGUGGAAAGUGUUUUGGAACAAACAUUUCCAGUAUAUGGCUAAAGCACAUCAGCCUGAAGACGCAGAAAUGACAGACGCGCCAUAA